AUGGGCCAACGGGGAAGGACUAGUGGGCGAAAAGGGCUUCUAAGCCCAAAUCGAGGCGGUCCAAGAAGGGUGUACCGUGGGCUUCAAAGGUAUAUUGAUAAUGAAGGAGAUGAGACGAGGCACCGAGCAUUUGGGGUUGCCCCUUUGAAGGAUAUGACGGAUAGGCAGGGGGCCCUGGGCGAUAGGUCGGGGUCUUGGGACUUAGUAGAAUGUAGCACCAUCGGACAUGUGAUGGAAAACAACUCUUAUAGGCCACCAUUGUUUAACGAGCGAUGGACAUGGAUUCGUAGGAAUUCUCGUCGGUUGCUCGUUGGAUUUAUUAAGGGGUUGGAUGAUGUGGCGAGCGGCUCCCUCGUUUCCUCGUAUAAUAUUACUAGAGGAAACGAGUGGGGAGUGGGAGCCGAGGUGGCAGAGCGGAGAACCGUCCGAUGGGACGGAUGGACGGCUCGGAUUCAAUCCGAGCAAAGUGUACCUCCGGAUAGUGGAGGAGACCAUGAGGUGUCGGAUGACGCCAUUGAAGAGGUCCUCUCUGUUUACGGGAGAAGGACACCUUCCUAA